AUGUUGUUCAAUCACAAGCUCAGAUCAUCCUCCCCUUGCCUCUUCUUCUGCUGCUUCCGCGACGGCCAUGCCACCGCCUACAACAAGGCCGCUGCCUCGGACUGUGACGACGGCCACCCCCGCAAGGUCCGCUCGACGGCCCAGGAGCUCCUGCUGCCGGAGAUCCGGUACAGGUGCCGCAGCCUCAUCGCUCGGAUUGGGAGGUACAGGUGGAGGCAGGGCCAUGCGGCCGUGGCGGCCUCCUCGGAGUUUGGGUACAAUCCGAUGAGCUACAUGCUCAACUUCGAGGAUGAUCGAAGCUGGGAGUCGAACAAGGAGCUCCCAGCAAGGAACUUCUCGGUGAGGCUGCUGGUGUCUCCGGAUCGGUUGCCACCGGGGAAGUUGCUGAGGGAAGUUAUAGCGUUUAGUUGA